AUGGAUAUCAACCAUGUAGUAUUGGAUAAAGAAGCAAUCAACCGAUUUGAACAGUAUACGUUGGCAAAGCCCGCGCUCAAUGGAGGUAUCCCUUUGGACAAGUGCCAGGAUGCGGAUUCUAUGGCGUCUAAUAGUAGAAAGAAAGUACAAACUCCGAGGCAGAAAGUUGUUUGCUGCUUUUGUUUUAAAACAACUAAGUAUAGGCGAAAGCAAUUCAUUAUCGGUUGUCUUACAAAUAGCGUAAUAUUUUCGGUUUUAUUGGCUUAUACGUUUCUGGGCUCAGUCAUAUUUUUAUCAAUAGAAGGCGGAGCCGAAGUUCCAGUCCGACCUAGAAUACUACCAGAUAAACAAAAGAUAACACACAAAGAUAAUAAUCCUAAUAAAAAGGACGUAGAGUAUGAUUAUGACUAUGGGAAUUUAACGUUAUCCGCUAACUAUUUCUGGGAAGCGAGAAGCAGAGCCGUUGAAAAUAUUUGGGAGAUAACAGUAUCAUUAAAUAUUUUGUACAGAGAAAAUUGGACACGGCUAGCUGCACAAGAAAUUUUAAAGUUUCAAAAUGAGUUGAUGCAAAGGGUUACGACAGAAAUGGCGUCGCAAUAUGGCGUCAGUUACAGAGAAAUGGCACUGGGCGAAUUUACUGGGAAUGACAUUAGCAACCAUUACGAGGAGCACGAAUGGAAUUUGGCGCUCGCAUUUUUCUACUCUUUAACUGUUCUCACAACAAUUGGUUAUGGCAACAUCGCUCCGAGGACAAUAUUGGGAAAAGGUGUUACUAUAAUUUAUGCUCUUUUUGGGAUACCUUUAACACUUGUAUAUCUUUCGAGUGUUGGAUCACUGCUAUCCAAAAUGGCUCGAAGUGUCUUCAGUAGAGCUCUUUGCUGCUGUUUAUGUUCUAACUGUGGCUAUUGCUGCUACGAUGAAAGAAGAAUGGCUGAAAAAGAAAGACGAAUGAAACUAAAAAGGCAACAAGAAGAAAUGCUUAAUAGUCAAAACACAAGUAAAACACCUACAGAGGAAUGUUACGUAUUAAAAACAGACAGUCAUAAAGAUUCGUCUAUAUCAGAGAGACCUACAACGAGUACAGCCAAAGAUGACAUUAUUAGUUGGCCCGAUACUGAUUCUAAAGUAUCAAUGCAUGGUUUAAGCAUAUUAGCUCCUGUAUUGCUAUGUCUUGCAGCGAUAUUUAUUUAUAUAUCAAUAGGGGCUAUUGUUUUAUUAAAUUUAGAUAAUAUGAGUAUUGUAGAUGGGUUUUAUUUCUGUUUCAUGGCUUUAAGCACAAUUGGUUUCGGUAACAUUAUACCAGGGAUGAGUUACACCACUAUCAAUGGAGUGAGUAUAAUGGAAGAUAGUUCUACAGUAGAACGAAAUAGAGUUGAAAUUGACAAUAGGGAAGUAGUUUUAAGUGUAGAUGAAAUAUCAUUAGCAAUGGAUACUAAUGCAGAGUUCCCACCCCCACCUCCAGAAGAAGAAAUCAUUGCUAUAGUAACAAAAAAAGAACCAAAGAGUUCCUUAGGUAAUAUGGUAGCAUACAAUGCUCUACCUGAAAUGCUUGAGCAUGUCAAUACC